UUGAUGGUGACGUCGUGAGUUAUGGAACGGCAAUCAGCGCGUGCGAGAAGUGUGGCAUGUGGGAAUCGGCUUUGGUUUUGGCUCAGGAGAUGCAGGCAGGCCGCAUCUCAUUGGACUUGGUGAGUUACAAUGCCACCAUGAGUGCCUGCGAAAAAGGCCAGGCAUGGCAAUAUGCACUAGGCCUUCUGUUUCAAAUGCCAAGUCUACGACUUUUGCCCGAUGUGGUCUCCUUCAAUGCUGCAAUUGUAGCAUGUGAGCAGGGUAGCAAGUGGGAGCUGGCCCCCAGCUUGUUGACUGUGAUGGCAGACUCUCAAGUCCCACCCGACCUCUUGACCUACAAUUCCAUGAUUACUGCGUACGUAUCUGGGGUCCAAUGGGAAAUGGCACUGAGUACCUUGACAGAAGCGUCCUCUCAUUCGUUCAAACCAAACACGAUCAGCUUCAGUGCUGCGAUCACUGCCUGCGAGAAGGGUUGUCAAUGGGAGAUGGCCCUUGAUGUGCUUCAGGGCAUGCCACAGGCGAUGGCGUUGCCCAAUCUGGUGAGUUUCAACGCUGCAAUCAGCGCCUGUGAAAAAGGCUGGAGAUGGGAGGAGGCGGUCGCAAUCUUCCAAAGGCUGCCAGAGAAGAGUUUGGUGCCAGACUUGAUCAGCUACAAUGCAGUCAUCUCUGCUUGCGAGAAAGGUGCGCAAUGGAAGAUGGCUUUGCAUUUGCUUUUCCGAAUGGAUGAGGGUCAACUCUUUCCCGAUGAGAUCAGUUUCAACUCCGCCACUAUUGCUUGUGAAAAGGCAGGUGCUUGGCAGGCCGCCUUUCACAUCCUGGAGCACAUGUUGGUGCUGCAGUUGCUACCAGAUGCGGUGUUUGCAGGAUCUGCCACAAGUGCCUUGAGGGCUGCCAGGGGCCCUGUGAAAGCAACACACUUUCUGCGCUCCCUGCGACGCUUCUGGCAGCCUUGCUACGCGCAACCUCCGGAUAGCCAGGCGAUUGUGGCAAAAGGUGCUGGUGUCAUCGCCAUUUUCAAACCGGCUGGUGUCACCACGGAAGACUUUGUGGCGCCACUUCGAGAGCAAAGCCAGCCAGUGGACGUCUUGCAGAUUGUAUCCAGGCUGGACCAUCCCACGAGCGGCGUCCUACCUCUGGCAGUUGGAACAGCAGGUUCAAUGGAGGCAAAUUGGCUGCGCGGGCAGUUUGCUGGCCGUUUGGUCUUCAAGGAGUACCUCUGCCUUUGCGAGGGUCCUGCUUUAGGUGAAGCAGGAGUAGAGGGCACAAUAGACGCUCCCCUUCUGACCAAAGAGAUAGAUGGUGUCAGCAGAAGUGAGGUUUCGGAAGUAUUUGGGCGGGAAGCCAUCACAAAGUAUACGGUGGUUGCCAGAUAUCGACCAAAGCAGCCGGCUGCACAGGAAGCAACGGACCGUGAAGUGAUGCUGUUGGCAGUGAGGCCAAAGACAGGACGGACUCAUCAAAUCCGAGUUCACAUGGCCAGCAUCGAUUGUCCCUUAGCCGGCGAUUUGACCUAUGGCUUCCGAGCCCAGAACUCCUCGGUUCGGUGCCCUCGUCUCUUCCUGCACUGCCGUCGCAUCCAGCUGCUAGACAUCAACGAUGAUGUCUUCUCGGCAGAAGCCCAGCUGCCUCGGGAAUUGACAGAAGUGAUUGAAACCUUGGACCCACUUGGCUAAACCUCGGCUAAGCGGCUAACCAUGGCUAACCCCUAGCGGCUAAGCCUUGGCCAAGCAGAGAGGCAUCUUGAGACCCAGAUGGUGAUGGAGCUUGGGCCGCGCAGCAGGUCUUUGCGCAGACUGACGAGAGAUGACAGGAUUUAUGUAAGGAAGACCACAAGAUAUGGUGAUGUUCGGCUGCUGCCUGGACGGAAUGGUUACAGUUACAGGAUAUUACAGGGUUUACACCAUGAUUCACUUGGUGACUGUUGGCGGCUGUUUGGAUGCACCAUGAUGCACGACCCGGGUCACGACCAACAUCUUGCAACGAUCCAAUGCCCUAUGGCCUUCUGCAACAUCGAUCCAGAGACACUUCGGCUGUGUGCAGAUUUGUAGUUUUGCUGCCCUCAACCUUUGGAACACUUUGCUUUCAAGAGUUUGGGUCGGCAAGGAAGGUGCCAAUGCCAUUGGUGGACUGUCAGGAUCCAUCAGGUAUGAAAAAUCAGCAGCUGCUACCGACUGUGUCCUGUGUUCUGAUUU